AUGGCGACCUGCCUGCGACUGCGGAGCUGCCGGGCCCCGCGCCUCCCGCCCGCGGCCCGCCGCCCGCCGCCCGGCCGCUGGGGGCCCGCCGCGCCCGCGCCCUGCCCGGCGCAGCCCCGCCGCUGUGCCGGGGGCCCGGCCGGCCUGCCCGCGGCGCUGCUGCGCACCGACGGCUUCGUGGGCGGCCGCUGGCUCCCGGCCGCCGCCGCCUUCCCCGUGCACGACCCGGCCAGCGGCGCCGCGCUGGGCUGGGUGGCCGACUGCGGGGUGCCCGAGACCCGCGCCGCAGUGCGCGCCGCCUACGAGGCCUUCCGCAGCUGGAGGGGCGUCUCGGCCAAGGAAAGGAGUUCAUUACUUCGGAAAUGGUACGACUUAAUGAUACAAAAUAAGGAUGACCUUGCCAAGAUAAUUACAGCUGAAAGUGGGAAGCCGCUGAAGGAGGCGCAGGGGGAAAUCCUCUAUUCCGCACUUUUCCUAGAGUGGUUUUCAGAGGAGGCCCGCCGCGUCUACGGAGACGUCAUCUGCACCCCCGCCAAGGAGAAGCGGGCGCUGGUGCUCAAGCAGCCCCUCGGCGUGGCCGCGGUCAUCACGCCGUGGAAUUUCCCCAGCGCCAUGAUCACCCGGAAGGUGGGGGCCGCCCUGGCCGCCGGCUGCACGGUGGUGGUGAAGCCGGCCGAACACACACCCUUCUCCGCCCUGGCCCUGGCCGAGCUCGCCGACCAGGCUGGGAUUCCUGCCGGCGUGUACAACGUCGUUCCCUGCUCCAGAACGAAGGCCAAGGAAGUGGGGGAAGCCCUUUGUACUGACCCUCUGGUGUCCAAAAUCUCCUUUACCGGCUCGACAGCUACCGGAAAGGUACUGCUGCACCACGCGGCCGGCUCUGUGAAGAGGGUCUCCAUGGAGCUGGGCGGCCACGCUCCGUUCAUCGUGUUCGACAGCGCCGACGUGGACCGGGCUGUGGCAGGAGCGAUGGCAUCCAAAUUUAGGAACUCUGGGCAGACUUGUGUUUGCUCAAACCGUUUCUUGGUGCAAAGGGGUAUCCACGAUUCCUUUGUGAAGAAAUUUGCUGAGGCAAUGAAAACAAAUCUGCGUGUGGGUAAUGGAUUUGAGGAGACGACUACUCAAGGCCCAUUAAUUGAUGAAAAGGCAGUAGAAAAGGUAGAGAAACACGUGAAUGACGCAGUUUCCAAAGGUGCUACCGUUGUGACAGGCGGGAAGCGACACCAACUUGGAAAAAACUUCUUUGAGCCCACGCUGCUCAGCAAUGUCACCCAGGACAUGCUCUGCUCUCACGAGGAGACGUUUGGGCCUCUGGCACCAGUUAUCAAGUUCGACACAGAGGAGGAGGCUGUGGCGAUCGCUAAUGCGGCUGACGUUGGGCUGGCAGGUUAUUUUUACUCUCAAGACCCAGCCCAGAUCUGGAGAGUGGCAGAGCAGCUGGAAGUGGGCAUGGUCGGCGUGAACGAGGGACUGAUCUCCUCUGUGGAGUGCCCUUUCGGCGGGGUGAAGCAAUCUGGCCUCGGGCGAGAGGGGUCCAAGUAUGGCAUCGACGAGUACCUGGAAAUCAAAUACGUGUGCUUCGGGGGCUUGUAGGACUCGUCAGUUCCUUAAAAAAUAAAAAAGGAAGCUGACCUACACAUACGGGGACAUGCCAUCCAUUAUUCUAGGUGAACUUCUAGGUUGUCGGAAUUAGGAAUUUUUUCAAACUCCUCCAGUACUCAUAAUCUUAAGCAGAGGUGAGCGCCACCCCUCCCCGUACCUAAUGAGGGACCAAUCGAUGCCACGUGCCUGAGGUGCAGACUCCCCAAGAACCAGCACUGCAUGUAUAGAGCGGAGCCCUGAGACUCCACCACAGAGCCAGGUGCAGCACAAGCCAGGUGCAGAUGAGCCAGGUGCAGAUGCAGGUGCAGCACGAGCCAGGUGCAGCACGAGCCAGGUGCAGCACGAGCCAGGUGCAGCACGAGCCAGGUGCAGCACGAGCCAGGUGCAGAUGAGCCAAACGCAGCACGAGCCAGACGCAGCACGAGCCAGUCGCAGCAUGAGCCAGGUGCAGCACGAGCCAGGUGCAGAUGCAGGUGCAGCAGGAAGCAGGUGCAGCACGAGGCAGGCCGGCCUGGCGUCCCAUCCCAGAGGCUCAUUACUGCCUGGGCGGUGAUCCCGCCAUCUCCCCUGUGGCUCCCAUCUCAGACAAAAGAGGGCCUCAGGGGGGACCGCUGAGUGCGACGACGGGCUGGCCCGUCCCUGGCAGUCUCUGAGCUCAGCUCUACACACGUGCUGUUAUAUUCCUAGGUAUUGCCACAGAGACUGAAUUAAUCAUUUUAAGACUUCUGAAGUAGCACAGAAUUGCCUGUGUUUCUGUGGGGAAAGAAGGGACACCUCUUUUUUCUGGACCUCAGGACCCCAAGAUCGAGAGUAACAUCCACUGACGAGCCAGCCGGGCGCCCCUGGACCACUGCUUCAGUUAAAGCAUCAUUGUCCUAAAUUUACUACUUAAAGAUUAUGUGCUCAUUUCCAUCCUGCUUUCCAUUCCAUUCUGUUCCCUUCAGGAAGCCAGCCUAAGCGGAAAAGGAACAGCAGAAGUGGCAGAGGAAGGGAAGACGCACAUGGGCCUGGUGGGAGGCCCCUCCCCGAGGAGUAGCUUAGUUCCCGUAGACGCGCCAUUCUGCACCCCUGCCCCUCGGGUAGGGAGAUUCCUACUGUACGGCUUGUUUAGCUCAAUGGGAGGCUGUGAGCCCACAGAAACCAAAUUAUUUACAAAAAACCCUGAAAAUCCGGUGCAAGGGGCCAUUUAUCCUCAGUAGCGGCUAUGCGCACCCCCCCCCCCACCUCCGCGUCCAGCUGUGGUUUUGCCAAGGUGAAGAGGGCUGGGGCCUGCCUGCGCUUCCACCCAAGACCAAGCAGCGGUCGCCCACGGCCUCCCCUUCGCAUCCUCACCCCCAAAGAGUAGGAGCAGUCUCCCCACAGUGAUCCCAGAGGAAACCCAAUUUCAUAACUGCCAAUCCGCCUAAUGGAAGUGGCGUGAGGCCUUGAAUUUCAGGCACAUUUUAUCCAGUAAGAGUUUUUAAAGCUCAUCAUUUGAAACAAAAAUGACCCGGUGUUUCCCAUCCCUUUGAAAGAAGGGCUCUGAUUAAGAAUAUUCUAGGCCUUUCUGGACACGUCUCCAUGCACAGGGAUACACUGAGGAAAAGGAAUAAAUGCUGUUCCUGGCUAAACAGGUGGAGAUGAAGCUCUUUCCCUUCCCAUUCUCUCUGUGCGCAGAGUCCACCGACAGUCAUAGGCAGUUCCUACUGCCAACCCCCCCAGGACUUAGCAUUUGUCCCUGACUCUGGGGAGCAGUGGGUAAGUCCCUAAUAGUGUGUAAUGCCCAUGGGCAGACUUACCGCCGGUCCUGGAGAUCCCCUGGGCUCAGCCUGCAUCUCACCAGCCACAGCCUGAUUCCCACAGAAGUGAGCUGGAAUCCGCCUCCUGGUAACACACCUCACCCAGGCUGUCAAGAGUCACGUAGGCAGCAUACUGACAGCUUAUUUCUACCUUUUGUUUUUGUAAUUUUGGGUUGUUUUAUAGAACAUUCUGAUUACUUAAGAUUUGGGUGUGUCCGUCUGUUUUCUGUUAAUAAAAAUGUUAUAACAUUAUUUGUUAGAAGUCAGGAACACCAAUGCUUGGAGGUGUUGAGAAUACAUUCGAAAUUACAUGUGACAAUUUGCAAACCAGUGGGUCCCUUGGCUGGGUGGCAGAUCUGAGUUUUCUUGUAGAUUUGGCUCACCGGGUGCAUAAACUGAGGUUCAGAGAUUCCACUGCAAGAUCUCUGAUUAAUUUUGUAAUUAAAAUAAUUUGGGAAGGAAAUAGGUUGCUGUUUGGUAAAAUUGUUCCAGGUUGUGGGAAGAAAGAAAAAGUGUCUUUAAUUGAACGUGCCGGGGGUUAUUUUUCAGUAACGUGACCGUGUGUGACCAGAGUUGGCAAACUACAGCUCACAAGCCAAAUGUGGCCUGUGUGGCCUACUGCCUGUCUCCGUACAGCCCAGCGCUGCCUGUCUCUGUACAGCCCAGAGCGAAGACUGGUUUUUGUAUUUCCAAAUGAUGGGGGGGCGGGGAAUCGAAAGAAUAAUAUUUCAUGACACAAAAUUAUGUGAAAUUCAGAUUUUAGAUUCCAUGAAUAAAACUACUGAAACACAGCCAUGGCCAUUCAUUUCACAUUGAUUCCAUGGCCACUUUGUAAGCAGAGCUGAAUACUGGCAACACAGCCAGCAUGGCCUGCAAAGCCUACGUCAUUUCCUCUGACUCUUCGUGGAAAACGUUUGCCUUCCCCUGAUCCAGAGAUCCUGAGCCUGAGGGAGAGACAGACCUUCCUGCACUUACUGGUCAUUAUUUUACUUUAUUGGACACCUGUGUAAAAAGCACUUUUCUGGAUAUCGCUCUAAUAACUUCUCAAGAAUUUGCCAGCAAUUACUGUGUGACUCAGAUGAAAUUAUCCAGAUAACAUGAGUCUGUUGGCCUAGAGAAAACUGCUCAAUUUACUUCUCCCAGCUAGACAAGGAUUCUCAUUAUAACGGUCUACCUGAAUCUGUUAUAUUUACCCCUUUGAGUGGCUUUCAAACAUGAUUUUAUGCCACGUGUUGUGUCCUUUGUCCUUUAUUCUUGCAGAAAGACUGUGAAAAUAGAUAUCAGAAGCACAAUGCAAAUAAACCUAUUUCAUUGAUAACUAACUUUAGAUUGUGCCACAUGACUCCCUUCUCAGAAGGCCGGCCCAGGGUUUUAAUUAUUCAUGUGCAGCUAUGUUAGACAGCAUUUUACUAGAAUAAUAGUGAUGCGUGAUGUGUGUGUGUGUGUGUGUGUGUGCGCGCAUGCGUGCGCACUAUAUUUUGUAGGAUAAGAGUAGUGGGAAGUGUGGAGCCAUUCUGCUUUUUAAACGUGCACAUGACUCUGUGCACAGGUUCUGAUAAUUGUAUACGUGUCCCAGGGACUUGUCUGCAGCGCGGUAUGUGGCAUUAAUAAACGUUGCAUUAACAGAA